AUGGAUAUCGUCUUUUUGGUACUUGGCACUUUGUGUCUCAUUGGAGUCUACAUUAUAUCGUUAGUGCGUUAUGAUUAUACUAUGCGGCAAAAAGUGAAAAAUAUUCCUGGAUUCAAGACAUAUCCUCUCAUUGGCCAUGCAAUUAAGUUAAUAAGGAUGAACGAUAUAGAGCGUUUAAAAUGGUUUCUAACAUUACCGAACGAAUUCAAAGACGGAAUAUUUGUACAAUUUAUUGGGUCCAAGCCAAUAGUUAACAUUUACAAGCCUGAAUUUUUAGAGGUAAUUUUUCCCAGUACGAUUAAUAUUGAGAAAGGUGUAGAGUAUAAAUUGUUGACACCUUGGUUGGGCUAUGGUCUUCUCACUUCUACAGGAGCACAAUGGUUUCAUGAUAGAAGACUCAUCGGACCAACGUUCCAUUUUAGUAUACUGGACCAAUUUGCAAUAAUAAUAUCCGAAAAAGCAGAUAUCCUAAUAAAGUGCCUCGAAAAAGAAAUAGCAAAAUGCCCGGAGAAAGCUAUCGAUAUUUUUCCCUUUAUUAUCAAUGCUGCUCUGGAUAUUAUAUGUGAAACGGCAAUGGGCGUGGAUGUGCGUGCUCAAGAAGUUGUAACUAAAUAUUCUUCAACAGUACAUAGAUCGUCCCAAUUAACAACCGAGCGACUAUUGCAGCCAUGGUAUUGGGUUGAUUGGCUAUACUAUUUAAUGCCUGUUGGAAAAGAAUAUAAAGCACUACUUGAUGCAAUGCACAAAUUCACGAAAAAGGUGAUUGUUAAGAGGAAGAUUGCACGCCAAUCGGGAAACGACCACACGGAAAUGAAAACUGAAGACAAUAUAUAUGAUAUAGGUAAACAAAAAAAGAAAGCCUUUUUAGAUCUAUUGUUGGACCAGAAUGAGAAGGAUGACGCUCCGUUAAACGAAGACGAAUUGCGGGCGCAAGUUGACACCUUCAUGUUUGAGGGUCACGAUACCACCGCGGUUGCGAUAACUUGGACGCUCUUCUGUUUGGGUAAUAAUCUCGAACAUCAAGAGAAAGUCCAUGAGGAACUCGAGCAAGUUUUCAAAAAUACGCAGACACCAGCCAGUGUGAAGGAGUUAUCGCAAUUAAAGUAUCUUGAAAGAGUAAUAAAGGAAACACUCCGAUUAUAUCCAAGUGUACCGUUUAUAACGAGAAAAUUGGCGGAAGAUGUUAAAUUAGGUGAUUAUACGAUUCCGGCAGAUAUCACAGUCGCAUUGCCGAUUAUGUUGGUACAUCGUGACCCAGAGGUUUGGCCGGAUCCAACCAAGUUCGACCCGGAUCGAUUUCUUCCGGAAAACUCAAAACACAGAAAUUCAUACGCUUAUGUACCUUUCAGCGCUGGACCGAGAAACUGCAUCGGUCAGAGAUUCGCUCUACUUGAAGAGAAAAUUGUACUAACGGCUAUUCUGAGAAAGUGGAGGGUUAAAAGUGUAAAAACACAAGUAUCGUUCGCCGGUUCUCUCAUUCUCCGGCCACGCGAGGAAAUAUUUCUUCAUUUCACACCUAAGAAAUAAUUCGAUCGUUAAAAUCGACGUGAAGUCGAUCGAGUUGAAAAAGUGGAAUAGUAAUAGUAACAAAUCGGUAACAAUAUCAUAUAUAUUGAUUUUGCAACGAUAGUUUUAAUACAAUAAAUAAGGAAAAUAAUAGAGAAGUUAGUAUGUGUGUAUACAAAAAAAGUUGUUUGCCGCAGCUAAAAUAGUUGUAAUAUAUGGACACCUAAAAAAUAUUGCUAUGUUAGCAACAUUUUUUGCUGCAACAAUAAAUUUUCUUGCUGUGAGAUCGACGUAAUACUAAGUUGCUAAAACAUGUUGCUGUUGUACGAAAAGAAUUUGCUCCUACAGCAAGAAAAGUAGCUAACGCAGCAAUAUUUUAUAAGUGUUCAUAUAUUACGACUUUCUUUUUCUCCAUGUAUGAUUUUUGAGGAAUUUAAUCUAUAGACAGAGAAAUUGCUUUAAAUAGACGGAGUCUAUUGACUUGAGUGCAAUCUUUAUUAUAUUCUAAGUUUGUUAGUGAUUUCGUUAAUCUCUGUAGUUUAUGUUUAUUGGUAACAUCGUUUGAUGUUUGUGAUCCUCGUGUCUGUUACGUCUGUCAUCUAUGUUUCUAUUUUUAUUCCUAAAUAAUUACAAUCUAUUCUUACAGAUCUGUACAAUAUAUCGACUAGUAUAAAUAUUAUCUUUUUAUUUAAAUAAAAUGCAUCAUAACGACAAAA